CAGUGACAUGGCCAACCCUCUGAGGAGAGAGGUUAGACAGCUGUACAAGAAUCUACUGUAUCUAGGACGGGAAUACCCCCAAGGAGCAGACUACUUCAGGAAGCGUCUGAACAGUGCCUUUAUGAAGAACAAAACAAAUGUCUAGCCUAUCUAUGGGUAACAGGGUUGACAUGAUAUGCUCGAUGCACUCUCAUUCUGAUUGAAUGAAAUGAGAAGUCCUAGAGUACCCUCCUCCUUUUGUCUUCUCAUCUUUCUGAAGUCGCUCCUUCUCAGCCUUAAUGAGCUUGCCUCCUUUCUUUUUGGCAGACUUGAACCAAAUCAACAAUUCAACUUAAUGAACAUAAAUGUGACCAUAGACACAUUUGCAAGCUACUGUAUGCUUGCAAUUUGUGGGCAUUGCAAAAGUGAAUGAAGGUAAAGAACAUAUCUAAAGACUCAGAUGCUGGGGAGAAAUUGAAACUUAUAUUAUAUUCAAUUUAGCUAGCUAGGCCUAUAUCUACUAGGUCUAAUAUCUCUCAUGAAUCUAAUAUAGAGAGAGAUGUUAUGCUAUUCAUAACAAAAGUAACAAAGUUACCUUUGCAUCCUUGGAUGGCUUACAAGGAAAUAACAUAGAGAAUAGAAACUUAGGAGAUAUAGUAUUUAGUUGUAGUAAGAUAAGGCUGAAAGAAGCAAAGGAGAAGCACAACUGAGACUUGCAGCAUGCUUGCAGUAAAAUGAAGCUGAUUUGCAGUCACUUGUUCACCUUGAGUCCUAUCUAGCUAGCUAAAUGGUAAUCUAACUUACUCUGGCUAGUAACAACUGGCUACUAAUGCAACUAGCUACUUGGCUUGUAAACAUGUUAAACUAACCACAAUAUUCAUUUUCUAACUCUGGUUAGCUUGCUAAAUAGGUAAUGAAAUAACAUUUGUUGGAAAACUGGUAAUCUUCUCUUGGUGGGCAUAUCUGUCAACUCUUUUCACGUCCAAGUAACGAUGGAAAUGCCACCGGAAGCACGCGCAGUAGGUCAAUGUUUUGGUUUGCGACAUGUAAAACGAUUUACGGCGUUGUUUAUGAACUCCUAUUUGAACUUGUGUGGACGAAGGGCGAAGUAACCAGCUAUCGACACUACUUAACUGCAAGAAUUUAUCGAUAAGGGACCUUAUAAUUAGUGAAGGCUGAUACGGUCUCAGGCAGUGACAUGGCCAACCCUCUGAGGAGUGAGGUUAGACAGCUGUACAAGAAUCUACUGUUUUUGGGACGGGAAUACCCCGAAGGAGCAGACUACUUCAGGGAACGUCUGAAGAGUGCCUUUAUGAAGAACAAAGAUGUCACAGACCCUAAGGAGAUCAAGACGCUAGUCGACCGUGGGGAGUUUGUGAUAAAGGAACUGGAGGCCCUGUACUAUCUAAGGAAGUACAGAGCCAUGAAGAAGCGUUACUAUGAAGAAUAAUUGUCCGCCAUGCUGAAUAUAGGCAGACCAAUAGACUGAUAGCCUAGAUAUUUGGCAGCUGAAUCUUCAGUAUGCAAGUUUUAGUUUAGCCGUCCAUGAAGAAGAGUGUUAUUAGCAACACAAACGUCCUUAGACACAAAUGUUAGCUAUAUAUUACAGAAAAAAGUGUUAUGAGCUACACUUGCCACUCUUACACACCUCGAGUUGUGGAAUCAAGUCCGCCAAAUGCCUACAGUUCUCUCAUGUGUACAUAAUUGUAAAUAAUACAUGAUAGAAUGUAUUGAUAACUUGUACAAUGUAAUUUAAUUAUAUAAGUAUAAAUAUGAGACACAGCUA